UCGAGAGGGCCAGCAUGUUGGUAAUCCUGCUGAACUGCAUUACUCUGGGGAUGUUUCAGCCUUGUGAGGACAGCCACUGUGAGACUGAGCGAUGCAAGAUACUGGAGGACUUUGAUGAUUUCAUCUUUGCUUUUUUUGCUGUGGAGAUGGUAAUCAAGAUGGUUGCACUGGGCAUCUUUGGGAAAAAGUGUUACCUUGGAGACACCUGGAAUCGGCUAGACUUCUUCAUUGUAUUGGCUGGGAUGCUGGAAUACUCUCUCAACCUGCAGAAUGUUAGUUUCUCUGCGGUUCGAACAGUCAGAGUACUUCGACCUCUCCGGGCUAUCAACCGAGUACCCAGCAUGAGGAUCCUGGUAACGCUUCUGCUGGACACUCUCUAAAAUUUUGGCAUUGUGCUGCUGCUUUGCUUCUUUGUUUUCUUCAUCUUUGGGAUUGUAGGGGUCCAGCUGUGGGCCGGGCUUCUCCGCAACCGCUGCUUCCUCCCAGAAAACUUCUCCCUGCCUACCAGUCUAGACCUGCACAACUACUACCACACAGAAAAUUAUGAUGAAAACCCGUUUAUCUGUUCUCAACCACGGGAGAAUGGCGUGCGUCUAUGCACCUCCAUCCCCACGCUCCACAAAGAGGGCCGGCAGUGCCAGCUGGACAUGGCAUCUUACAAUAGCACAGACAACACCACCUGCGUCAACUGGAACAAGUAUUACACCAACUGCUCUGCCGGAGAGGCCAAUCCCUUCAAGGGGGCCAUAAACUUUGACAACAUUGGUUAUGCCUGGAUUGCCAUCUUUCAGGUUAUUACUCUGGAGGGCUGGGUGGACAUCAUGUACUUUGUUAUGGAUGCUCACUCCUUCUACAAUUUCAUCUACUUCAUCCUCCUGAUAAUAGUGGGCUCAUUCUUCAUGAUCAACCUUUGUCUAGUUGUCAUAGCGACACAGUUCUCUGAGACCAAGCAACGGGAGAGUCAGCUUAUGAAGGAGCAGAGAGUGCGCUCCAGGUCCAAUGCCAGCACCCUGAAUAGCUUCUCUGAGCCAGGAAGCUGCUACGACGAGCUCCUCAAGUACCUAGUUCACAUCAUCCGCAAAGGCACCAGGCAAAUUGGCCUCCUCAUCCGGGCUGUUGGGCGCCGUGCAGGCCUGCGGAUCUGUGCUUCUCCGCCGCUGGAACCACCGCCCACGAAAAGACGGCAUCAGAAGCAGCGCCAGGGAUCCAUCCGUCCCGUCAUGCACCAUCAUCAUCACCUCCACCAUCACUACCAUCUGGGCAAUGGGAGUGUCCGAACCGAUGUGGGCAGAGAGGGGGACAACCAGAGUUCCCAAAGUGCCAAUGCCAACAACUCUGGGCAUCUCAUGCUACCUGUCAUUGUCCCUCAGCAGGAGCCCUUUUGUGGGACUCUGGGCCCCAGUGGUGCAGAAUCAGUGCAUAGUGUUUAUCAGACUGCGGGCCACCUUGAGUCUCUGCGCUGCAGCCCCUCACCUUCUCCCAUGGUGUUUCAGGCAUACAAGAGGAACUCAGUGCCAUUUGCGGCUCCAGUACAUAAGAACUACCCCACGUUACAGUCAUCUCUGGCCUUAGAGCAGCUCAGACAGAGAAUCCUGGAGCCAGGAGGAGCCAGUUGCACUGCUAGUGUCCUUACCAACCUAAACAUCCCCCCAACUCCCAUCAACACCUCACAGUGUCUGGUGGAGACGCAAGGUCCUCCUGGCAAGAUCAUCUUUAAGGAUGCGCUCAUGAAUUGCAGUGGCACAAACUUAGACACAACUUUGACCUUUGACCCUGAGACAUGUCCGUAUUGCGCCAAAGCGAUGACCAACGACUCUGAGGGAGUGGAUGGGAAUGAGACGGCAGACUCUGACAGUGAGGGCGUGUACGAGUUCACACAGGAUGCCCAUUAUCAGGACAGCAGAGAUCCCAACAGGAAGAAGAAGCUGUUUGCAUUAGGAGCUCGGGCAGCAAAGGUGGUCCAUUUCUGGAGGCUGGUGUGCGACACGUUCCGUAAGAUUGUGGAUAGCAAGUACUUUGGACGAGGAAUAAUGAUCGCCAUUCUCAUUAACACACUCAGCAUGGGCAUCGAGUACCAUGAGCAGCCUGAUGAGUUGACAAAUGCUCUGGAAAUCAGUAAUAUCGUCUUCACCAGUUUGUUCGCACUGGAGAUGCUCCUGAAACUGCUGGUUUAUGGUCCUUUUGGCUACAUCAAGAACCCUUACAACAUCUUUGAUGGUAUUAUUGUGGUAAUCAGUGUCUGGGAGAUUGUUGGCCAGCAGGGAGGAGGUUUAUCGGUGCUGAGGACCUUCAGACUCAUGCGUGUGUUGAAGCUGGUCCGCUUUAUGCCCGUGAUCUUGACUCAGGAGGACUGGAAUAAGGUACUGUAUAAUGGGAUGGCCUCCACCUCUCCUGUGGCGGCUCUGUACUUCAUCGCCCUCAUGACUUUUGGAAACUAUGUCUUGUUCAACCUGUUGGUGGCUAUCUUGGUGGAAGGAUUCCAAACUGAGGGUGAUGCCUCGAAGUCGGAUUCUGAAGCAGACUUCUAUACACGGAGCUUGGAGGAUGUUUCAGGAUGUAAGAAGGAUCUGUCUGCAUCAUCUGUUGUGCCCAUCAAUGGCCAUGUGGAUUUGAAGAGCACCCUGACCCCUCCCCUCAUCACUCACACGGCCGCAACACCCAUGCCCAUCCCUAAGAUAGCAGGAGGAGGAGACCCGGCCCUAGGCGACGAGUCCCGCAGAGGCAGCAAUGUCUCAAUGGAUCCCAAUGGCCAAGACAAAUCUCCAUCGAGUGCACGGAGCUCCCCAAAUGCCCCCUGGAGUUCAGCCAGUAGCUGGAACAGCAGGCGCUCCAGCUGGAAUAGCCUGGGCCGAGCCCCCAGCCUCAAGAGGCAGAAACACCAGUCUGGCGAACGGCGCUCCUUGCUGUCCGGCGAUGGCCAUUCCAGCUCCGAUGAGGGAGAUGCGGGAGAGAGUGCAGGCGGCGGGGGCAUGUCCGAGGGUGAUGAUGCCUCCCUCACCAGGACGGACUCCCUGGGCCAGAGGCCUCGGCACAGGCGCAUGGAAUCCCUGGAGACACGUAGCUCGUUUGAUCUGCCUCCAGACACCCUGCAGGUGCCAUUCAUGCAUCGUUCCGCCAGCAUACACAGCGCCCGGCCGCCCAACUUCCUCAGCAACGGCAAGAGUUCUCCAUCUGCAGCCACCACUCAACUUUCUCUAGAUGAACACCACAGCGAGGAUGACAAUGCAGAUGAUGAAGGAAACCUGAGUCGGAAGGCUCGUCUCUACCGCUGGCUGGAGCACAAGCAACCCCAGUGGUGUCGGGAGAGGGUCACCUGGUCUCUUUACCUGUUCCCCCCUCAAUCACGGUUUCGUGUAACCUGCAAUAAAAUCAUCAAUCACAAGAUGUUUGACCAUGUGGUUCUUGUCAUCAUCUUUCUCAACUGCAUCACUAUCGCCAUGGAGAGGCCCAGAAUCGACCCCUCCAGCUCUGAACGCAUCUUCCUGACGUUGUCCAACUACAUAUUCACUGCCAUCUUUGUGACCGAAAUGACAAUAAAGGUGGUUGCUUUGGGCUGGUGUUUCGGGAACAAGACCUACCUGAAGAGCAGCUGGAAUAUUCUCGAUGGUAUGCUGGUGAUGAUCUCCGUGAUUGACAUCCUGGUAUCCAUGAUCUCCAGCAGCGGCACUAAGAUCCUGGGAAUGCUUCGGGUGCUACGGUUACUGAGGACCCUGCGUCCACUCAGAGUGAUCAGCAGAGCUCCAGGACUGAAGCUGGUUGUUGAGACACUGAUGACAUCACUCAAGCCUAUCGGGAACAUUGUAGUUAUCUGUUGUGCCUUCUUUAUUAUUUUUGGCAUCUUGGGAGUUCAACUCUUCAAAGGAAAGUUCUUUGUGUGUCAAGGGGAGGAUACGAGGAACAUCACCAACAAGUCUGAUUGCCUUCAGGCUAGCAACAAAUGGGUCAGGCACAAGUACAACUUUGAUAACCUGGGGCAGGCCCUCAUGUCCCUUUUUGUUCUGGCUUCCAAAGACGGUUGGGUGGACAUAAUGUACGACGGCCUGGAUUCUGUCGGUGUCGAUCAGCAGCCCGUCAUGAAUUACAACCCAUGGAUGCUGCUCUAUUUCAUCUCCUUCUUGCUGAUCGUGGCUUUCUUUGUGCUCAACAUGUUCGUCGGCGUGGUGGUCGAGAACUUUCACAAGUGCCGGCGGCACCAGGAGGCCGAAGAAGCCAAACUGCGCGAGGAGAAGCGCCUUAAACGCAUGGAGAAAAAAAGAAGGAGUAAGGAGAAGGAGCUAGCUGAAGCCCAGAGUAAACCCUAUUACUCCGAUUACUCACCUACACGGCUUCUCAUCCACAAGAUGUGCACCAGCCACUAUCUGGACCUGUUCAUCACGAUUGUCAUCGGGCUCAAUGUCAUCACCAUGUCCAUGGAGCACUACAAACAACCUAAGGUUCUGGAUGAAGCUCUGAAGAUCUGUAACUACAUUUUCACAAUCAUAUUUGUCCUAGAGUCCGUCUUCAAGCUUGUUGCCUUUGGAUUUCGACGCUUCUUCAAGGACAGGUGGAACCAGUUGGAUCUUGCCAUUGUUCUGUUGUCUAUUAUGGGCAUAACACUGGAAGAAAUUGAAGUCAAUGCUUCCCUUCCCAUCAACCCCACUAUCAUACGCAUCAUGAGGGUGCUGCGGAUCGCUCGUGUGCUGAAGCUACUCAAGAUGGCAGUGGGAAUGCGAGCUCUGCUAGACACUGUGAUUCAGGCACUCCCUCAGGUGGGGAAUCUGGGUCUUCUCUUCAUGUUGCUCUUCUUCAUCUUCGCUGCUCUGGGAGUAGAGCUGUUUGGUGACCUGAUAUGUGAUGAGCUGCACCCAUGUGAAGGUCUCGGCCGUUAUGCCACGUUCAAGAAUUUUGGCAUGGCUUUUCUCCUGCUGUUCCGUGUAUCCACCGGGGACAACUGGAAUGGCAUUAUGAAGGACACGCUCAGAGACUGCUCCCAAGAUACAGGCAUCUGCUACAACACGGUGGUGUCCCCCAUUUACUUUGUGUCCUUCGUUCUGACGGCUCAGUUUGUGCUGGUCAAUGUGGUGAUCGCUGUGCUCAUGAAACACCUGGAGGAAAGCAACAAAGAGGCCAAGGAGGAGGCUGAGCUGGAAGCCGAGAUGGCGCUUGAGCUGGAGGCUGUGGGUGGAGAUGGAGGAAUAUCCCGAGGGCACAUGCCAUCUCUGGGACAUGGUGACGUUGGUGGACCAGGAGGGUCGCCUUGGAUCUCAAGAGACUCUCGAGAUAUGUCGGGACCUCUUUACCCCUCAGACAACCCACCUGCAGACAUACGCAGAGACUCUGAAGAUCACAUAAAGACAGAUCCCGAUCCUCCUCAUAAUUUGGAGCAGCCAUUAGAGCGGAGGCCUAUGUUUGACUCAGUUUCCCUGGUGAUCCAGGGCUCAUUGGAAGGAGAGCUCAGCCUCAUGGACAACCUAUCUGACUCCAUCUGCCACUACUACGCUCUGCCCCCCCUUCACAGCAAGCACUGCACUGAGAAACAGAUUCCUCUAGCCGAGAUGGAGGCUCUGUCUCUGGCGUCGGAGAAAUCCUGGUCCUUAGCUCUGACGGAUGACUCUGUCCCAGAUGAUUUUAACCCCCUCUUACUUACCAGUCAGGAGUGCAAUACCACAGCUCCAGCAGAUCCCACAGACCCCCAGCAGCCAGACGAGCCAACGGAUGAGCACUUACUGUACGUGAAGAAGACCUCAGUGGUCCGCACACAUUCUCUGCCCAAUGACAGCUACAUGUUCCUGCCACUGCAGCCCAACUCAACCCACAGUACCCACACAACCUCACCUCACCUCGCUCAAACAGGCUCUAUAGGCUCUAUCCAGUCUCAAACAGCAGAAGAACCCACACAACACUUGACUGUGCUCACCGAUCUGUUCAGACCGAUCAGUCCUCAUAGCCUAUCAGACUCAGAGAGCAUCCCACGAAUCCCCCCACCUCGCCGGGCACACACUCUCUCACGAACCCUACGCAGACAGGUGGCAGUGAGUGCUGACUCUCAGGAGACUCUAUACACAGAGGGAGGGGAAAACGAGGGUCCCCUGGGGCUCAGGGAACUGUCGGACCCCCCUGUCAACCUUCCACCUCAGCAGCAGCACCAGCCUUCCCUCUUUCUGGUCCCUGCCACACCAGGCGCCUCCCCAAAACCGUCGCGACCUAGCGUCCACACACAGCACAACCCCUACGACCAGUACAACGUGUUCUCCAGGCGUUCCCGCUCUCCGCCCCUCCCAUCUCCAGCCGCCAGGAAGCAGGAGGAAACGGACUCGGUGGAUCAGGAGGUAUCCCGAAUUAUCCGAGCGGGGCUUGCAGGGAGGAGCGACGAUGGGAUCGGAGAAGGGACAGGAGAUCAAGGUGCAAGACGUCAGCUUAAGAAGUACCACAGCGUGGACACUCAGGGCCAGCGAGCUCUGCUGUUACCACGGCCCUUGUCCUGGCUUGACGACCCACGUCGGCACUCCAUCGAGGUGUACUCGUCCGUGGAAAGCAGCCCCCAGUGCAGUUCGAGCUCCUCCGGCUUCGUCUCACGAGCCGAUAGCCUUCAGCAGCAGUCCUCACCACGUGCCCGCAAGAAGAAGAUGAGUCCGCCGUGCAUCUCUGUGGAUCCGCCCGAGGUUUCGGAGCUUCCGGGAGGCUUUCAUGCUGCUCUGGGGAUGGUGCCACCCCCGUUGCCAAUUCGGGACACUUGCUUGAGGAGACGUGCUCCCUCCAGUGACUCCAAGGACUCAUUUGAUUUGGGUGGAGGAGGAGAUGGGCUGCCUCAAGAGGGCGUCCCAAACUCCAAGCUAUUGACUCUGCCUAGCUUCUCUUUUGAGAAAACAAGCUCUGAGCACUGAACACUUGACUUACACGUUCACACACACACGCACGCACAUGACACACGAUGCACUCUGUGUAUCCGUGAUGGUGAUAGUAAUAGUAAUAAUAUCUUAGAGAGUAAUAAUGCUAAAUGCAACAAUGGUGAAUACUCCAUGAUCAUGAGGAAUAGUAACUAUACCUUGUUUUGUUUUUUUUCUCUACUGCCAAAAGAACAUAAAAAGACAUUUUGCUGAGGAUUAAACAAGCUGAUAACUAGACUCUCUCUCCUCAAAGAUACCUCCUUGUGGAGGUGAGUGCAGAGCCUGGGGGAGGGCAUCCCCUUCUGGCCGUUCACAGCACUGUAUUGCUGAACUCCCUGAAGGGCACUGAUGAAGGUAUAAAGCAAUAUGAACGUUUCAGAGACACUAUUUUCUUAAAUUAUUGGGCCAUAGUGUUUGUAAAGGAUGUAGAAUUUCUUUUUUUCGAUUUUG